AUGUCUUUACUAAGAGAUUCAGAAUUAGAAGAAGUUCACAAAAAAAUUAUUGACAGUACAAUAGAAAAAUGUGGUAAAUUUUACAAUGCUAGAAUUCUUGAAGCUAUUAAGACAGGACAAGAAAUAGAAUCGAAAAAUAAGGAAACAGGAGAAACACAAAUAAACUUAAGUAAUAAUAAUGACUUAGAAGAUGAUGAAUUUGAAGAUGCAGAAGUUGAAGAAAAAGAAAUAACUGAAUUUGAAGAAAUAGUCGAAGAUGAUGAAGAAGAUGAGUUAAAUGAUUUAGAUAAUAUAUCAAUAAGCGACUUAAGUGACGUUGAUCCACCAACAAAUAAUAUCAUAAUAGGAGUUUGUGAUAAAAUAUCAAAACCUUGUGGUAGAAGGAAUACAAGUAACAAUUGGAAAAUUAGACUUAAAGGAGGAUUAAUGAAAGUUGAUGGUAAAGAAAUGUUUUUUCGUAGUUUACAAGGAGAAUUAGAAUUUUAA